AUGGCGACAGCUAAUGGUUCACUGUGCAACAUCUCCGGGUCCGUGUCCGAGAAUGGAAGCUUGGUCGGCUGCAUGGAGUCGGAUAUUGAGCAGGCAACGGUUGAAUCGAUUCAGGCGUGGUUCGCUUACCUGGAGCCGGCACACAAGCUGAUCGCAAACUUGGCUGUCGCUGAUUUCAUCAUGGGCGUCCGAGGAGUCUUCAUUUUUCCAAUUACCUUUCUAAUCGAAUUCCCGCCAAAGAUAAUAUGCCUUGGACAUGGCGCUGUCGUUACGCUCUCGGCACUCGCAUCAAUGAACUUUCUGAUUGUCAUCAACGUAGACAGGUACAUUGCAAUAUCGCGACCGCUACACUACUACCAGAUCGUCACACCGCGCGUUAUCCUAGUAAUGGCAGUCCUCGCUUGGAGCUUUGCCUUCUUCGCAAGCGUGAUGACUUUUAUUGGCAACCGCUGGCAGCCGGAUCUACCAUGCAUCUUUGACAUCAUAUCGAGUAGAAUAUCUGUCAUCUUAAUCUCGGUAAUUGUCUUGACGUUGGGCGCCGCCAUCGUCUCCAUCUACGCUUACAUGAUGAUGAUUGCCAAGCACCACCAGCGGCAGAUCCACCAGGAACCGAUCAGCAGCGGUUUGCAGGAGGCAGUAGCGACCGGAAAAUCCUUCUCUGCUGAGCUCGCCAAGCAUCUGAAGCUUGCCAAGACGUUUGGCAUCGUCGUCGGCGCCUUCGUCGUCUGCUGGACUCCGUACCUCUUCCUGACGCUGCUGAGCGUCGCCGACGUCUACCACGACACUUUCGGCGUGGCGACAGGCUUCGGCUUUCUGAUGGCAGACUCCAACUUUUUCAUAAACUUUUUCAUAUAUGCUUUAAAGAGCAGUCAGUUCCGCGCCGCCUUCCGGGCGGUGUUGCCCUCGCGUGGACACUAA